AUACAUUUACAUGAACAAACAUUUUUGUUUGUUCAUGUAAAUGUAUUGAAAUAAUGUGUUGACAUUUAUAUAAAUUUUGUACUAGUUUAAUUUCUAAAUUAUAUUCCACGGCAUAGGUUUGCUAGAGUAAACAGAUUCAAACUAGUUACAUUCUAAUUUGCAUGAAAUCCAUUUGAAAUAUUACAAACAUGUAGAAAGAUCACAUACAAAAGCUACAUACAAACACACGUACAAAGAAACACACUCGGUUUAUAUAUAUAGGAAAACGAAUCGACGAACUGUGGAAUUUACAUCAACGAAGAUAAGAUGAAGUCUUCUCAAAUUGAUGUUGAUGGAGUCCUACGUGCUCUGGGACAAACAGGAUUUUUCCACACCAGUCAGUGCAUCCUGAUUUGUGCCUCUGUAAUUGUAGCAUCAACAAAUAGUUUAUUCUACAUAUUCUAUGCACUCACUCCGGAAUACAGAUGCAACAAUCUGACAGACUUUCAGCUCAAUCAAUACAACAUUUCGAUCAAUGAAGUCAGUCUCAUAUAUGAUAAAUGCUCCAUACAUAUCCUGAAUAUCGAUGGAAGGGAUACUACCGAGAAUCGAACUCUAGACUGCCUGAAUGGUUAUUACUAUAACACACCAGUUGAUAAGUCUAUAGUGUCACAGUGGGACCUGGUUUGUGAUAGACAAGGACUGGCGGAAUUAACUCAAACGUUUUAUAAUUUGGGUCAAGUGCUUAGCGGUCUGCUAACAACAUGUUUGAUCGAAAAGUUCGGGAGAAAACCACUCAGAGUAUCAAGUCACAUCAUGCUGCUAGUCUUCAAUUUAAUUGCAGCAUAUUCUCCGUCGUAUUGGGUGUUUACUGCAAUGAAACUUUUGACUGGAGGCGUUCGUGAGAUAUAUUUUCUUAGCUCUGUUGCUUUGGUAUGCGAACUAUACCCGAAGGAAAAACGUAUCAUUAUGUCUGGCAUAUUUAUGUGUUGUUGGGGAUUAUAUAAUACUACUCUCGGUUUGAUAGCCUACUUGUUGAAGGAUUACGGUUGGAAUACGUUAUUCUUGUUUAAUGUUGUCAUCUCGGGAUAUUUCCUAGUGGAUUACUUUUUUCUGAAGGAAUCUAUCCGGUGGCUCUUUGCCAAUUCAAAAGUCAAAACGGCUAAGAAAAUUAUUAGGAACGCAGCAAAACAAAACAACAUCGACUUUGAUAGUGUCUGGAAUAUGACUUUAAAAGAUACCGCAGUAAAACACUCUGAUGGUCACGUGAACGAAACCAGUUUUGAGUACCAAAACAGCGACUCCAAAGUCCAACAAGAUGCCACAACUGUUGUCGAAGAUACACAGUCAGAAACAAAGGAAGAAUCCUCAAUGUUUGUCAAUUUACUCGCAAUCUUUAAGUCACCCUAUCUGAGGAAAGUAACUAUCGUUGUGUCUAUAGAAUGGGCUGUAAAUACAACGGCGUGGAACAGUAUUUUUCAAAUGCUAGAAGUUCUUGCUGGCAACAUCUAUCUCAACUCUUUCAUAAUGUCUUUGUUUGAUGUGUUUGCUAUCGGGAUUUACUCCGUACUAGCGAGAAGGUUUGGUCACAAAAUAUCACUGCAAUGCUUGAAAUCACUUGCUGCUACGUCAGUCAUCUCAGCAUCCCUAAUAAAGAUAUUCGCAGAGAGCAAUAACACAAUGGAAUAUAUCAUCCUCGCUUUGUACAUUUUGGCUGUUGCUGGACUGAAUGCUGCCUCCUGUGGUGAUUACAUUUACACCUCGGAACUCUAUCCUACACAAAUAAGAAGUAUUGGAAGUGGUUUCGCUACAACUUUCACGCGGAUUGUAUGCUUGACAUCACCUUUCCUGAAACUCCUGGCAUUGGUAGUUCCGUGGGCUCCUGGGAUUAUCAUAGGAACCGGAUGUAUAGUUUCUUCAAUUUUGGUUCAAGUAUUUCUACCAGAAACUGGAGACCGCGUUCUACCACAGACAAUCGAGGAUGUGACCCAAAUGGAGAAGGAAAAGAAAGGGAAUAAAAUUUACACUAUAUCCCACAGAGAAUGAGAUAAUCAAUAUAAUCUGUAGCCUCAAUCAGUAAAAUUUCGUUUAUAUAAAUUCAGAACACGUAGUCUAUGUUGAAGUGAUGUGUGUAUGUAUAUAUACAUAUAUCACAUUACAUUAUAUUAUAUAUUAUAUUAUAUUAUAUUAUAUUAUAUUAUAUUAUACUAUACUAUAUUGUAUUAUAUCAUAUGAUGUAUAUUAUAUGUAAAAAGCUGGGAAUAAGUUUCUUAUAUGAUUAGGCACUGAAGGGCUAAUCAUCUGAUAGAUUCUUUAUAUAAGGAAAUAUGAAAAUGGUACUAUUUUAUCCAGAAUGUUCAUCAUUCUGUCACCUGAGCGAUCCUACAAUAUCAUGGAACUUAGAGUCUUGUUUGACUUAUCAUAUUCAGAUGUAUAUAUCGGUCUACAACUUCUGCUGAGUAAUUCACUUUGACAUGCAAUAUUCAAGAGAUCAGAAAAGUCCACUCGGAAGGUUUCAACGGGAAUAGGAAGAUUUUACCCAAGAUGGAUAAAAGGACACAAUCAAGAAAGAAUUAGAAGCGCAUUUUUACCAGUGAAAAAUAAUAUCCGAUAUUUUAGUUAAUUGCAUUGUAUUAUAAUCAUACAUUAAGCAAAAACCUUUUUGAAAAAUGCGAUUAAAUACACUCGUUUUCAUUGAACACCAAUUUUAGUAAUGCUAGCUCCCAAACUAUUCGGUUUGCCCAGCUUUUACAAUUUAUUCAUUGAAAUUAAUAUCGGGAAAGAACCUGCGGAUUCGGGACCUACAUUUUACAUGCAACUGCCCAUACAAACUAUCUUCAACGGAGGCUUCUUGAAAAUGACAUCGAAAACGUUAGAAAUAUUUUAGUCAGCGAAGCUAUGAAGUCGAUGGUUGAUAAGUGUACUUGGAUAAACAAACAUCCAAUCUCACUCAAACCAUAGUCUAUGAAUUGGAGGCCAUAUUUAAAAAAUAAAAACAAGAAAAUAAAUAUCAAAAUAUAAAAUAAAAUGACUAAAAGAUCUUUUAAAAAAUGAUAUUUGUCGGUCUUUUAUUGUCGGUCUUGUAUCGUCGGUCCUUUAUCGUCCCGACAGUGAAAACGACUACUGGAGUAGAGAUAGAAACACAGAAAUAUAAUAUAUCAAAGAAGGAAGAGAUAUUUGGUGGAAAGUUUUAAGCAAAAAUGAUUGUUGAUAAAUCGCUAAUAGAAGCGAUAAUGAUUGGGAUCGCGGAAAAUGUGACUUUAUUCCGUUCUAAAAAAAGCCUCUACAAAUUUCUUGGGCACCUACUCAAAGUGGUUUAGACCUUGCAGACAUUUCUCCAAUAUUUUGUUGAAGUUCUGGAAUCCUACAAAACCAUCAAACGAAAUAUCACUUAUCUUGAACUUUACUUUCUAUUAAAUAAAAUAUAAUCCAAUAUACAACAAUUAA